UCAUUUUCCCCUUUAUAAAUAAUAAUGCUCUGAGCUGGAUCUGACCUCUUCUCCAUUUUCAUGUACAAACAAAAAAGCAACAAAUAUUUUCCCUUUGAUUCCCUGCCAAAAAGGUAACGCUCACACAGUUUCAGGAAAUGGAUCUUGACGACGACGGAGGCACCUCUGAUCUUAGCACCAGUGCUGGAGAACCUAACGCUGCCACCGAUAAAAUUUGUGAAAGCUCAGCGUUUCAGAUUAAGCCAUUUAAAGAAGAGCCAAUAGAUUCCCACCCUCCGCCGCCUAUCGGGGUGGUCCCUGUUUCCAUGCGGCCUCUACCCACUGUUAAACGCUCCUCCACCAAGGACCGUCAUACCAAAGUCGAGGGCCGCGGUCGAAGAAUUCGAAUACCCGCGACUUCCGCCGCCAGGAUCUUCCAGCUGACUCGUGAACUCGGCCAUAAAUCUGAUGGAGAAACCGUUAGAUGGCUCCUCGAACAUGCUGAACAAGCUAUCAUAGAAGCUACCGGUACCGGCACCGUUCCUGCCAUCGCUGUCUCAGUCGGUGGUACCCUCAAGAUUCCCACAACGGCGGGCUCAAACGCUUCCAAUAACAAAAACAAUAAUAACCAAAUAGACGACGACGGUGGUGCUACAAAGAAAACGAAGCGUCCGGCGAAAAGCGAAUUUUGCGAUAUAAAUGAUGGGAAUCCAUUUGCAAUUUCAAAUCAACAACAGUUAGUGACGCAAGCUUCAGGGCUGGCUCCAGUUACUCCGCAAGGACUGGUGCCAGUGUGGGCGGUUGGAAAUACUGGAAUGAUGAUACCAGCAAAUUCGUUUUGGAUGAUCCCACAGCCCACGGCAACGGGCGCUGCUAAUGGGCGGCUAAGUAACCAACAGCCAUCAUCGCCUCAAAUAUGGGCUUUAUCACCAUCGGUUUUUAACGUGGCUGCAAGACCCAUAUCUUCAAUCGUUUCGACAUCAAAUCAAUCUGUGUGCAAUGGUUUGUCAACUUCAGCAGUGAAUAGAAGCAGUACGGCAGUGGCUAAGAAGUCAACCAUGGCGCCUAGCGGUAGCAGUAGUGGGGGUAAGGCUCAGAUGCUUAGGGAUUUUUCAUUGGAGAUUUAUGAUAAACAAGAGUUGCAGUUGAUGGGGCGAUCAGAGAGUCAUCAGGCUGCAGAUGCAAGUUGCUUCUAAGCAAAUAAAAUUUAGAGAGUCGAGUGUUCAGAUUCUGAAACGGUAUAAUCCAAUCAAAUAUUAAUAACAACAAUGGAAAAUCGCUUUAGGGUUACCUCUGUAUUAUCUGUAAUCCGUGCUUCUCAAAGUGAUCGCUUCAGUGUUCUUUUCCUCAGAAAAUUUCCAUAAAUAUCAUUUCUUUACGCUACUCCAA